AACAUCGCGUCACACACAGAGCACCACAUUGAAAUCAGUUUAUUUUCGAACUCGAUGCUGAGCGGUUGUCUAUCGGACUCUCUCUUACUUUGUUCAAGCAUAUUUAUCACAGAAUAUUUCCAGAUUAAUUUUUUUAUAUCUUUCAAACCCAUUGGAUUUCUGCAGAAGGUACCACCAGAACAGUAUAUCUGAAUUUAAACAAUUGAAACAAAAUAAAAUAAAAGAAAAGUGGUUGCCGCUUCUUUGAAGUUCAUUGAAGUAAAUAAGUUUACGUGUGUUAAAAUCCAUCUUUGGUUGUGAUCAACUUUCCAAUCGGUUUUCGUUCGUACAUUCACUCGAAAUAAUUCAGGUUACAAAGUAGUACAGACGCAUACAUAGUUUUCAAAGAUGAUUAAAUCAGUUAUUAUACUGUCGUGCCUUGUCGCAAUCAUCAGCUGUGAAGCAGAGCUGAAGGUAGAAAAGUUAUUUGUACCCGAGAUAUGUGCAAAUAAAUCGAAAAAUGGUGAUAUGCUAACAAUGCAUUACACGGGCACGCUGACUGAUGGCAACAAAUUUGACUCAAGUUUGGACAGAGAUCAACCAUUUUCCUUCCAAAUUGGCAGUAGUCAAGUGAUUAAGGGAUGGGAUCAAGGACUUCUGGACAUGUGUGUCGGUGAAAAACGAAAACUGACAAUUCCGCCGUCGUUGGGCUAUGGUGAUCGUGGAGCUGGAAAUGUGAUCCCCGGCGGUGCAACAUUGAUGUUUGAAGUUGAACUGUUAGACAUUGGCAAUUCACAUCCAACAACAAACGUCUUCAAAGAAAUUGAUGAGAAUCGUGACAACCAAUUGAGCCGCGAAGAGGUGAGCGAAUACUUGAAGAAACAAAUGGUAGCUGUUGAGGGCCAGGAAACAGAAGAGGUCAAAAACAUGUUGAAAGAACAUGAUAAAUUAGUGGAAGAAAUUUUCCAACACGAAGACAAAGAUAAAAAUGGAUUGAUUUCACAUGAAGAAUUCUCAGGACCUAAGCAUGAUGAGCUCUAGAUUUGACAAAAAUCCACUUGAAAAUCGCGUGAAAAGUAUCGCACAAUCAAGCUUUUCCGAUUUUGAAAAAGAAAAACCUCCUCUUUUCACUUCACUCAAUUCAAACAUAUCAAGAAGAGAUGUAUUUAAUUAAUUUUUUGUUGUCACAAUUGAAUGACUGAAAGGAAUAAUUAGCAUUUUAAUUCAUUAACAUCAUCGAAUCAAUUGUUUAAGUACUCUAAUUUAAAACGAUGUAAAAGACAUUUAGAGAGACAUUUGUUGUUUUGUUUUUGUUUUGUACACUAACAAUUUCUUCGAUUGAAAAAUACGGAUUAAUUGUUUAUCGAAACAUAUCAAUGCAAGAAAAUUUUCAAUAAAAGCUAAAAACCCACAAAA